CAUAUCACAGCUGUGCAGCGCAGAGCAAGUGUCCCAACCUCUCUGAACCUACUGGCUGGCCUGGCAGCCUCCAGUGAGUGGUGUGAGGAGCUCAGCGUUAACAAUUGUUGGGGUCUCCACCAGCUGACCAGCCCGCGGUACAAGUUCAACUUCAUCGCCGACGUGGUGGAGAAGAUCGCGCCAGCCGUGGUCCACAUCGAGCUCUUCCUCAGACACCCGCUGUUCGGCCGCAACGUGCCCCUCUCCAGUGGCUCAGGCUUCAUCAUGUCAGAGGCCGGGCUGAUUGUCACCAACGCCCACGUGGUGUCAAGCACCAACGCCGUCUCAGGCCGGCAGCAGCUCAAGGUGCAGUUGCAGAAUGGUGACACCUACGAGGCCACCAUCAAAGACAUCGACAAGAAGUCGGACAUCGCCACCAUCAAGAUCCACCCCAAAAAAAAGCUCCCGGCGCUGCUGCUGGGCCAGUCAGCAGACCUGCGGCCCGGCGAGUUUGUGGUGGCCAUUGGCAGCCCCUUCGCCCUGCAGAACACAGUGACCACGGGCAUCGUGAGCACCGCCCAGAGGGAUGGCAAGGAGCUGGGCCUCCGGGACUCGGACAUGGACUACAUCCAGACGGACGCCAUCAUCAACUACGGGAACUCCGGGGGACCUCUGGUGAACCUGGACGGGGAAGUCAUUGGCAUCAACACGCUCAAGGUCGCAGCUGGCAUCUCCUUCGCCAUCCCCUCGGACCGCAUCGCGCGCUUCCUCACAGAGUUCCAGGACAAGCAGGUCAAAGACUGGAAGAAACGCUUCAUCGGCAUCCGGAUGAGAACCAUCACACCUAGUUUGGUGGAAGAGCUGAAGGCCAACAACCCGGACUUCCCGGAGGUCAGCAGUGGGAUUUACGUGCAAGAGGUUGUUCCAAAUUCCCCUUCUCAGAGAGGGGGCAUCCAGGAUGGCGACAUCAUCGUCAAGGUGAACGGGCGGCCCCUGGCGGACUCGAGCGAGCUGCAGGAGGCCGUGCUGACCGAGUCCCCGCUGCUGCUGGAGGUGCGGCGUGGGAACGAUGACCUCCUGUUCAACAUCGCGCCCGAGGUGGUCCUGUGA